AGUCAUAAAGAGCACAGUAACAUCAUUUGAUAGAGCAAAUUCUCACCUACAGAAUGCUAUUUUUCGAUGUCAUCACUACCAUUAGCUCUGCAUUUUUGACAGCAUUGAAGAAGAGACUGCAUACCAUGCUCAUAAAAAUCUGCACCAAAGGAGGUGACCUACUGUUGGAGAGUGUUUCACCACCCACCCCUCACUGUGCUCACAUCCAGUGGUUGGCCUCUGCCAACAUUCAGCAAACGUCAAUGAAUGUCAGUGGGUGCUAUUGUUUCCACACGGAGGAAUUAGAUUCCACCUCUUUUGCUUCAUCUGCCCUUCCAUGUCAGAUGCCAUUGUGUCAUUUUGCCCCUCUGCUGCCGUCUGUCACACGGCAACAACAUGUAACGGAAUAUUGGUGGGAAAGUUCAGCUUCUACUGCCAUAUCACCUACAUCGGCCUCAGCAUCUGCCCCCGUCUCGCCCCUCCCCGCCCCGCCCCGGCUCUCCCGCUCCCGGCAGGACAGGGGCGGUCCCGCGUCGCCGCUUAUUUGACCCCGCUCCGGGGGAGCCUCGCUCUCUUUCUGCCCUGGCCGCAGCUCUGCUCGCUCGCCGUAGUCCUCUGCCAUGCCGAACAUCGUGCUGUUCAGCGGCAGCUCCCACCACGACCUGUCCCAGCGGGUGGCCGACCGCCUGGGGCUGGAGCUGGGCAAGGUGGUCACCAAGAAGUUCAGCAACCAAGAGACCAGUGUAGAGAUUGGUGAAAGUGUGAGAGGAGAAGAUGUGUAUAUUAUCCAGAGUGGCUGCGGAGAAAUAAAUGACAACUUAAUGGAACUGCUCAUCAUGAUCAAUGCUUGCAAGAUUGCAUCAUCCUCCAGAGUCACUGCAGUAAUUCCAUGUUUUCCAUAUGCCAGGCAAGAUAAGAAAGACAAGAAGGGAGCCGUGGAGCGUUGGAGUCGUGCUCCAAUCUCUGCAAAACUUGUUGCCAACAUGCUGUCAGUUGCGGGGGCUGACCACAUCAUCACCAUGGACCUGCAUGCUUCUCAGAUCCAGGGUUUCUUUGACAUUCCAGUAGAUAACCUGUAUGCAGAACCUGCAGUGCUGCAGUGGAUUAAAGAAAACAUUUUGGAGUGGAAAAACUGUAUCAUAGUCUCACCUGAUGCAGGUGGUGCGAAAAGAGUUACUUCAAUCGCUGAUAGGUUGAAUGUGGAAUUUGCUCUCAUUCACAAGGAAAGAAAGAAGGCAAAUGAAGUGGACAGAAUGGUCUUGGUGGGAGAUGUGAAAGACAGAGUAGCCAUUCUUGUCGAUGAUAUGGCUGAUACAUGUGGCACAAUAUGUCAUGCAGCAGACAAGUUAGUAUCUGCUGGAGCCACCAAAGUUUAUGCUAUUCUUACUCAUGGCAUCUUUUCUGGUCCUGCUAUUUCUCGGAUUAAUAAUGCAGCAUUUGAGGCUGUUGUGGUAACUAAUACAAUCCCCCAGGAAGAGAAAAUGAAACACUGCCCCAAAAUUCAGUUUAUUGACAUUUCCAUGAUCCUGGCUGAGGCCAUUCGAAGAACGCACAACGGUGAAUCUGUAUCUUACCUGUUCAGUCAUGUCCCCUUGUAACUGCACGAAGUUACAUUGCAGCCUUUCAAAGGUCCUGUCAACUAGCACUGUUGUUUUUAGCAGUGCACCUGAAACACAAGAAAUCAGUAUAUUUGUAAAAUUCCAGAGCUUUUAUGUUUAAUUAUUAUAUUUGUCUUGUAAUUAACAUUUUUUCUUUGUAAAUGGACAAUAAAUCUGUCUUGCAGAAACUUUUCAUGAA